AUCUAUCAGUUGCAUCCACAGUUCAGUUGAAUCGACUCAGCUCUGACGCUGUUGAAUGUUCUUGACUUCAAGAACUGGUUCAUGAGUCGAUCACCCUACUACAAAUCUUUAAGACGACGUUGCUUCGACUUCCUUGCGGUUUCCGGAGUUCUCUGGCGCACACCUAAUACUUGGCGCCUGAAGUCAAUACAGCAGUAAAUAUUACCUCGAGGCUUGUAGUCAAGGGUCCUGCAUUUAAAUGAGAUGGAGCCCUUCUUUCUUUCUCCGACUUCUUGUCGCACUUCACCUCGCUCAGACUAAUUAGCAACCCCAGAGUCUCAGAUUCGCCAUGAACCACGCCAAUCAACCGGGGGACUCAAGGUCAGUUCCUCCUCCGGACAUCGAGACACCAAACGAAACAAACGCUGCUGAGCGCCCGGGCCGACCCCGUGGCAAAAUCUGCCGGUUUCUGGGGAAGGUUACAAAUGGUGUAAUAAAAAAGAUGUCUCGCUCGAGCUUGAAAGAUUCACGCAGCCGUGACCCUGUUACCCCGGUUGUCGAUCGUAAAGAUGUCUCAUCGAUUCCGAAUAUCGAGGUUCAGGAUGUUUCCCCUGGUGCGAAACAAGGCACUGAUCCCCAAUCGGCACUCCGAGACGUCAACGAGGCUGCCAAAGGCAUGAAUUUACUAUCGGGACCUGUGGCAUCUGGAAUCUCUGCUGCACAAAAUGCACCAGCAGAUGCAUGUACAUUCGAGGACACAUAUCUUCGACCUCUCAAGAUAUUCGAUGCUGUUAUAGGGAAGCUUGCGAAUGUACAUCCGUAUGCAAAGAUGGCGUUGGGUGUGCUAUCUUGCGCAUCACAAAUAAUUCUCGCUCAAGCGAAUCGCGACGAAGCGAUACUCAACCUCUACAUGAAGUUAGGUCAAGUGUAUGGCUUCAUGACGCAAGACGACACGCUUCAUCAAAUUUUGUCCAUGAGCACUAUCUUGGGGCAGGUCUCUCAACAGACCCUUGAAUGUGCCCAUUUCAUCAUGGAUUAUUCAGAGAAGAAAAACUUUUGGAAGAGACUCGGAAAGAAUGUCAUCUCGGAAACAGACGAUACGAUACAACGGUAUAACAACGUGUUGGAUGCGCUCAUGCAAAACUUCCGGGACCAAGUUGCUCGCGACGUAGCAAUCUACACCCACCGUACAAGUAAGGAUUCAGGACAUGCUUCUGGCUUGACACCCAUUCAUACUUCUACAGGCGAAAUACUGGACCUCAGUGGUAUGGCAUAUUCGGAGGCCGCAGGACUAGAUACUAGGAAGCGAUGCCUGCCAGGGACGCGCAUGGACAUUCUCUCUGACAUCAUGGGAUGGAUUAACGAUAGUAGAGAUGAUGUUCCAUGCGUGCUAUGGCUAUCGGGCCCUGCUGGAACGGGUAAAUCAGCCAUUGCUCACACGAUCGCUAGCUCGUUCAUUGGGGUGGGUGGACUCGGUUCUUGUUAUUGCUUCGACCGAAACACGGACGAUCGCCAUAAAAAAGUUUUCUCCACUAUCGCGCGCGACCUGGCUGACCGUCAUCCCGAGAUGAGACGAGCGUUAGCGGGUGCAGUCCAGAACGCAAAUGCGCUCAAGACUACAGCGGAUGUCGUACAGCAGUGGCAGAAGCUUCUCAUCGAACCGUUAGGGAAGCUUUCUGAGUCACCCGUGGGGCCUGUCGUUAUCAUUAUAGAUGCACUGGACGAAAGUGGCAAGGCAGCGGAGACACGCAGUGACCUUCUACGUAUUCUUGCCGGUAAACUUCGAGAUCCAACCAUCACCCACAUCACAAAGCUCCCGAAAAACUUCCGGAUCAUCGUUACUUCUCGCCCGCUCCAUGAUAUAGAAGCAGCGCUUGCAGGUGCUCAGCAUAUUCGACGCAUGUCCAUGGACGACAUUUCAUCAGCCACCACAGAGCGCGACAUUCACGCCUACAUAUCGAACGAGCUGGAAGAGCCUUCGGAUUUUGGGGACACACAGUUUGCAGCGCUUGCUAAAAAAGCUGAUGGCCUGUUUGAGUGGGCGCGUCUUGCUUGUAAAUCCAUCAAGGCACCCCCUCCUGGCUUAUCUCCAUUUGAGUCCUUCGAUGCUGUUGUUUCCCGCAAUCCCGCUGAGCGGGAAAACUUGUUGUACGAUAUGUAUGAGUUCAUUUUGACAGAGAUCAUGCGAAUAGAUAAAUCUCCGCAUUCCACGUCUCGGCAGAAACAGCUAACAAGAUUUCGUUCCGUGAUGGGACAAAUCCUUGGCGCAUCUGAACCUCUUCCUCUGGAGUCCCUGAAUGCCAUGCGUCACCAUUUUCCAGACAAAAGCGAGCGCUACGAAGUGCAAGUCAUGGUCAAACAUAUGGGAUCCCUCCUCAGCGGCACCACAAACUCAUCUACCCCAAUCCGGCCCCUUCAUGUCUCCUUCCGCGACUUCCUGACAGACCAAUCACACAGUGGAGAAUUUUUCAUCGACGUGUCAAAAGUACAACGCGACCUUGCUUUCGCAUCGCUUCGAGUGAUGGAACACGGACUUUCCUUCAAUAUCUGCGAUCUAAAAUCAUCGUAUCUCCCCAAUUCCGAAGAUCCCGGGCUGCUAGACCGAGUUGAAAAAUACAUCCCUCCACAUCUAUCCUAUGCCUGUCGAUUUUGGCCUGUCCACGUACAAGCAACUCAUUUCGAUCCAGACCUCGCCAAAGAAAUAAAAUCACUCUUCGAGCACGAGCGACUGUUCUUCUGGCUCGAGGUACUCAGCCUUAUCAAUGCGCUCAGUGGCGCAGUCACCACUCUCCCGCUUAUUGCCAAGUGGUUGAAGGUGAGUACAUUAUUAUUGAGUGUUAGAUAA